CGGGCCGUGAGCGCCAUGGCCGUGGCCGGGGCCCCCGCGGGCGGCCCUUGCGCGCCGGCGCUGGAGGCCUUGCUCGGGGCCGGCGCGCUGCGGCUGCUCGACUCCUCGCAGAUCGUCAUCAUCUCCACCGCGCAGGACGCCAGCGCCCCGCCGGCCCCCGCCGGCCCCGCCGCACCGGCCGCCGGCCCCCGGGACCCUGACCUGCUGCUCUUCGCCACGCCGCAGGCGCCCCGGCCCACACCCAGCGCGCCGCGCCCCGCGCUCGGCCGCCCGCCGGUGAAGCGGAGGCUGAACCUGGAAACUGACCAUCAAUACCUGGCCGAGAGCAGCGGGCCAGCUCGGGGCAGAGGCCGCCACCCAGGAAAAGGUGUGAAGUCCCCAGGGGAGAAGUCACGCUAUGAAACAUCGUUGAACCUGACCACGAAACGCUUCUUGGAGUUACUGAGCCGCUCGGCCGACGGGGUGGUUGACCUGAACUGGGCGGCUGAAGUGCUGAAGGUGCAGAAACGGCGCAUCUACGACAUCACCAACGUCCUGGAGGGCAUCCAGCUCAUCGCCAAGAAGUCCAAGAACCACAUCCAGUGGCUAGGCAACCAUGCAACGGUGGGGAUCGGCGGGCGGCUUGAAGGAUUGACCCAGGACCUCCAGCAGCUGCAGGAAAGCGAGCAGCAGCUGGAUCACCUGCUCCACAUCUGCAGCACCCAGCUGCGUCUGCUCUCCGAGGAUGCUGAGAGCCAGCGCCUGGCCUAUGUGACCUGCCAGGACCUUCGUAGCAUUGCAGACCCUGCAGAGCAGAUGGUCAUGGUGAUCAAGGCCCCCCCCGAGACCCAGCUCCAAGCCGUGGACUCCUCGGAGAACUUUCAGAUCUCCCUUAAGAGCAAACAAGGCCCCAUCGACGUUUUCCUGUGCCCUGAGGAGAGUGUGGGCGGAACCAGCCCUGGAAAGACCCCGUCCCAGGGGGCAGCUUCGGGGGAGGAGGACAGGGCAGCUGACCUUGCCACCGCGGUGCCACCACCACCGUCGUCACCUCCCUCAUCCCCUGCCACGGAUCCCAGUCAGUCCCUGCUCAGCCUGGAGCAAGAGCCUCUGCUUUCCCGGAUGGGUGGCCUGCGGGCCCCUGUGGACGAGGACCGCCUGUCCCCACUCGUGGCGGCCGACUCACUCCUGGAGCACGUGAAGGAGGACUUCUCCGGCCUCCUCCCCGAGGAGUUCAUCAGCCUGUCGCCCCCCCACGAGGCCCUCGACUACCACUUUGGCCUCGAGGAGGGUGAGGGCAUCAGAGACCUCUUCGACUGUGACUUUGGGGACCUCACUCCCCUGGAUUUCUGACGGGGCUCAGGGGGACCAGGGCCUCCUGAGAUGCCCACCCCGUCUCUGCAGCCCUGGAGCCCCCCGCCCCUGGCCGUCCUAGCCUAAUUGGAAACAUUUA